AUGGGUUGGGUCCAUAAUCUUGCCCACCCGGAUGCCCACAGCCAUGUGGCGCGAGUGAUCGCGAUCUGCUUGACAUUCAGCAUCAGUGCGGUGAUCGCCCUUUUGCUACGGUUUUAUAUCCGCUUGCAUUCGAAACGUGCCCUUUGGCUAGACGACUACUCGGCGGCAUGCAGUGCAGUGUUGGGAUUAGCUUACGCGGGGAUUGCAGUGGCCCAAACGCGGUAUGGUUUAGGACUGGAUGCAGCUUCGUUCCCAGAUGCGAACGUGGUUAUGUUCAGUAAGAUCCAAUACGCCGGCGGCCCCACGUAUAUCCUCGCUAUCCUCUGCUUCAAGGUCUCGCUCCUGACUUCUUAUCUGCGGAUCGGAGGUUUCGUGGCCACCUAUCGAUGGAGUAUUAUUGGCGUGGUGGUAGCAGUGGUGUGCAACCAGGUUAUUUUCACUUUUCUCUUAACGCUGGCGUGCAAUCCAGUCGCAAAGCAAUGGGACGCGAGUCUUCCAGGAACAUGCAUUGACACGGUUGCUUCAUAUUAUGGAACAAGCCUGGGCUUCGACAUAGUCAUUAUUGCCCUCCCCCUCCCAGUCCUAUGGUCCUUACAACUCCGACAAGCGCAAAAGAUCGCUCUCAUGGCCCUCUUCGCCCUAGGAUUCUUCAUUACCAUCAUACAAAUUAUCCGUAUCUUCACCAUCAAGCAUCUCAAAACCUACACUGACAGUCAACCGAUCGUCUUAUGGUCGCAAGUGGAAAUAAGCCUGGGAGUGAUAAUCGCAUGCGUCCCCACCUACGGCCCUUAUUUCCACGCCUUCGCCUCGACCCUCACC